UUCAACAAUGAUAUGUUUGCAUCCAAGGUUCACAACUUUUUAAUCAACCCUCUUAAUAUAUAGAUAUACUGGGUAACAUAAACUUUCUCAAAUGUCGGUGCAUUUACAAUCUGAUCAUAGUUUUAAUGAACUCGGUAAAUGUGGGUGAAAGUUUAACCAGUUACCGGCCCGUAUUAUAAGUGUUAAUUAAAAUCCACUCACUAAUUAUAAGAUGGUGAUUUAUAACUGUUUAAUUGUAAAAUAAACAGACUCAUUUACAGGUUUGUCAAUAAAUAUGUCUAGUUUCUAAUAUACUGGCUAUCAAAAAAUUAGAAUCAAUGUCAUUAUCACACAAGAUUCCCGCUGAUGAAGAAUGGAGAAUUGAACAGAUGAUAAUUUUUAAAUUAAAUUUAUUUCACGAAUAACAAAUGAAUAUAUGAAUAAAUAAAGUUUUUCUGAUCAAAGUUUUAUAUUAAAAGUUCUAAGACUAUAUUGGGAGGAUGUCAAUUUUUGUGAAAGCGCUUUUCGUGUUACUUAUUAAUUAUGUUAGUUUUAAAAGUAUUAUCGCGUAUGGCGGACGGAAGGGACAUUACAGCGAUCAGUGGCUACUCAGGACUAGUGGUGGACACCGGUCGGCGCUAUCUCUAGCGGAGAACAACGGUUUUGAGAUCAUUGCAGAGGUGAACAAUGGCUAUUUUGUUUUAAGAAAAACAGAUAAUAACAAUUUAUCCGAAGAGCAAAAUUUAUCUAUAGCUGCCUUAUCUAAAUCUUUGCAGGUUGAGUCUUUGGAGCAGAUGAAAUAUUUAAUCCGUAAACCGAGGUCAUCAUUCCCAGCAUCUGAAAACAUAACAGACAGUGCGUGGUCUCUGAUGUGGCAUGUGCAAGAGGACACAUUUCCCAGCAUGAAGAUUUACGAAUCUUGGAGGCGUGGCUACUCAGGCGCAGGAAUACAUAUUAGCAUCCUUGAUGACGGUGUUGAACCAGACCAUCCGGAUCUUGUAGGAAAUUAUGAUCCUUCUGGAAGUUACGACUAUUUGACUAAUAAUGAUUUCGUCAAUCACACGGAAGACGAUUUCCACGGGACAUGGUGUGCAGGGUUGGUUUCCGCCAUUAUGAAUGACGAUUGUGUUCUAGGUAUAGCAUACAGGUCAACAUUUGGAGCUGUUAAAAUAUUUUAUUCGUACCUUGGUCUCACAGACCUCGGCGAGUCUUUUGCACUUGCCCACGAGCUGUCACGUACUCACAUCUAUUCGAACAGCUGGGGUCCACUUGAUACAGGUGAUAUUUUUGAAGGACCUGGUGUUUUGGGAAAAGAGGCGCUUACAAGAGCCAUGCAAGAGGGUCGUAAUGGUCUGGGACCAAUAUAUACCUGGGCAGCUGGUAAUGGAGGUUUAUAUGACGACUGUAACUGUGACGGGUAUGCUAGUAGUAUUUAUACCAUAUCAGUUACAGCUAUAGGUCAUGAUCAGGGGCCAUCUUGGUACUCCGAGGAGUGCUCGAGUAUUAUGAUUGGAACAUAUAGUGGAGACAGUCCGGAUCUCACCAUUGUAAGUUUAUUUGUUUGUUUAUUUUCCUGUGUUUUUGCAGAUUUUAUCAGAUUAAAAAGGUAUUUUAGAUUCUUUUGAUCAUAUCUCGGCGGC